UUCUGUUAAUAAUGCAAUACUUUUGCAUAUUUAAUUUGACAUUGGCAUGACCCAAUUUUAUAGAAAUGAUAUGCUUUUUUUCUCUGUUUGCAAUUUACUUUUCGCUAUGAAACAUUUCCUGGUUAUUAUCGCAUGGAAUUUGUUCUUUUUUUCUAUUGCAAACGAAACAAAAUAUUGCCAUGAGAUUUUGGAAGAUAAACAUGUGAAAAGAAUCAGUUGGUCAUAUUUAAAACAGUGUCUUACAAUAAUCAAUGGAGAGGACAUUUCAAAGGAUAUUGGAGAAAAUAUAUGGCGUUUAAUGAAAAUUGCUUUCGAUUCCUUUGACAAUAUACCAGCCGAAUCUUACAAAUAUAUGGGUUAUUCCUUAACGUUUAUACCUAUCAAGGAAUUGCGUAAUAUAAGCAUGGAAAAUGUUGAUGUAAUAGAGGCAUUUGGUGCUAUACGUUCUUCGCUUAAUAAACAACAUCAAGAUGGUUUUGAUGCAGAACAAUUGAAUAUUCUGGCACUAAAAGUACGUGAAGAAUGGCUGGGGAAAAAUCCCUUUACCUAUUCGGAAUAUGAUCUCAAGUCUAUGGGAGAAAUUUUAUGUUAUUUAAAUGCAACCGAUAUUGAAAAUAUACACCCUGAUGCAUUUAAGGAAGCAGCUGAAUGGAUUGGAAUGAUAGAAAAGUGCCCCCAGGAUCGUUUACAGGCCCUAGCAAAUCUUGCUAAAAGAUCUGAAGCAUUUGGCGAACCCCAGAAAUGGUCAAAAAUAGAUGUCAGUAUCAUAGGUAAUAUUUUAAAUGGUUUAACUGCUUCAGAAAUCAAUUCAAUAGCUCCAGACAAACUACAAUUGAAUAUAUUUUAUAAAACAUCAAAUACAAAGCAACCAUCUACAAACAAAACUCGUAAGGAUAGAAAACCUCUUACGCCAAUCGAUAAUUCUACACAAUUAUUUGAAACACAUACAAAUAAAACACUAUAG